CAAAAAAAGCGAUUUGCCAGAAAACGCGUUCAAAGUUUUCAACUGACUCCAACCUUACACGGAAAACAGGAAAUAUAUUCUCUUCUCAAGCGGAGCAUAUAAGAGGUAUUCAUAUGAAUUUUUCACUCAACAUGAAGUAUGAUAUAACGAACAAUUCUGCAGCAUUAACUCAAAAAUCACGUUUUUUGAUUUAUGCCGGUCUUGCAGCAAAUGAGCGAUAUGAACUCAUUUUUAAUUUUUACAAAUUUUAUUUUUCUCAAGGCAAAUAAUUUUCAAUUUUUAAAUUGAAUAUUUUGAACAAAAACAGCUUUUGAGUAUUUUAACAGAUGACCUGAAGUUGGCAACUCUAGUCAAUAAAAUUUUGUAAGCAAAUAAACAUGAUAAUGUUUUUCAUUUGUUCCAAUACAUAAGAAUAUACAUAUUUGCCACAAAUUCAAUAUUUUAUUUGAAAUAGCUGGCAACACUGUUGAAAUAAUAAUAAAAUGCGCAGUAAUAAUUUAUUAUUAUGUAUAUUAUUUAUUUUUCAUUUCUAUUACAUUUUUCAAUAUAAUUUCUUUUUACAAAAUUUUACGAGGUGGCAACCACAAUACAAAAAAUAUAAAUAUUUCUCUUUAAAAACGCAACUUGUUCAAAACCAUUAUAUUUUUAUGCAUCUGAAAGCAUUAUUUCGUCGAUUAUUUGCUUUGUGCAACACCGUGUUUUACAAGUAUACCAUGGCGUAUGAGUCACAGCUGUUUUGCUGAAAUAUUAUUAUUAUAGUCUUUAUUUUCAAACUGCACAUACAAUUUAUAGACAAGUGUUAUCGCGCAUUCAAAUAGAUUCUAAGUGCGUUUUAUAGGCUUUCAUACAAUACGAUACUAAGAAAACCUCAUUUGCCUUGCUAGAACUUACAAUUAUUUGCUGGCAAACAAAAACAAAAUCGAAGUAAUUUAGAUAUAAAAUGACAUGCUAACAACACAAUAGGCUCAAGCAACUAUGUGUAGUUGCAUAAAUAUAUGUAUACACACACACUCAUACACAUAAAUAUUAGUAUGACUUAAUAGGAAAAGUAAGGAUUGCUGUUGAAGAAAAAAAAUUCUGAAAUUUUUACGGUUUUUAAUAAAAAGUAAACUAAUUUAAUUACAUACAUAUAUUGCAGCAACUGCACCAUUAAGGCUUAUUACAAAUAUAUUUACUAGCAGAAAUCAUAAAAACGAAUUAAUACCUAGUUAAGUACAUAUUUUGUUAAAGCAAAAAUACUAAUUUUACUCGAAAAGAGUAAAGAAAGUUAAGAGAGUAUUUGAAACUAGAAAAAUUUACAAUAUAAAUUAACGCAUAUUUCAAAAGGAAAAAGUAAUCACUACGUAAAUAUAAAUAUUAGAACUCAUUACCGACAUUGAAACAAUAAAGUAACCCGUAUUACUAAAAAAAAAACAAUAAAACAAAACAAAAGCAGCGUUUUAUUUCGAAUAAGUUUUGAAAUUGAAAUUAAUUGCAGUGAGUGCCUGAGGUAAAAGCAAUAUUUAACAUAUAAUUCAUUGAAUACAAAUAAGCAUAUUCACAUAUUCCGAUGAAAACACUAAAUUUUCCAACUAUUUACCUCAGUUGGAGCUGAUAAUGGCAUUUUUAAUUUUUGUCUGCGACAAGCAACAACCAACAACCAGCGACAGCCUCAGUGUAAAGGCAAUUCCAAAGCUGAUGUUAUCAAUAUUUCACAUAUUUGCACAGUCAUGCUGAAAACUCAGCCCACAAUCAAUUUGUUGCGGUGAACAUACAUAUAUACUUACACACAAACAUGUCAAAUAUGUUUCUGAUGAGAGCUUCAUUUUCGUCUUGCAUCAGUAAGAUACCAAUGUAUGCAAUAUGUAUUGACUGCUUUUUGUUGUAUAUCUUGUUGUUGUUUAUUUUCAAUAUUUUUUUAAUUUUCUACUCUCGUUGUCACAGAUGUGAUUGCCGAAAUAUUUCGCAAGCGAAAUUCAAAUUUUUCACUCAGUUUUGCUAGUAAUUUGCAAAAGUUCAGUUCAUUUAUAAAUUCACUUCGCUUCUUUCACAAAUUUGUCUGAAGUUUUAUGUGGCAUUUUACUCAUUUGGACUUCUUAGUUCCUAGGGCAAGUUUUGGAAGCGAAAAGUUUGAAGAAGUGUGUGAGUUUUAUUGCUGAAAAUAGUAAAAGUUUUCGGAAUGUUUAUAAAAGUGUUUAAGGAUAGUAAAAAUGCAUUGGCGUUGUUGCUGUUAUUUGGAUUUUUUGGAAUUACUGUCAUUGAAGCACUGCAAUGUUAUGAUUGCUACGACUGCGAAGAUGAGGAGGAUCUCAACGAACUUCAAAUCUGCGGUGAAUUUCCUACAACACCAGCACCCGGGAAUGGCGUUAACUCAGAGAAUAUGACUGUAGUAUCAGGAAAUAACACUUUAAGUUCGGGUAAUACAACAACAAGUAACUCAACCAAAGGUCCAAUGCUCAAUGAAGACGACAGCGAAGAGAAUAGCGAGGAUGAGGACGAUGAAAGCGACGAUGAUGACGAUGAUAAUGAACGGCGUUUGCGCCCCAGCCGGCAGAUGUUCAGCAAUACGGGCGAUGCCGUGUGUUAUGUAGUAAAAUUGAAAGUCAACGGCACCACCAUUACUAAACGUGGUUGUGCCACAUUUUUCUAUGACGAUGACACUUGUGAAUCCGUUUCUGCUGGCUUGGAUAUACAAACUUGUCACUUAUGUGAAGUGGAUGGUUGCAACAAAUACGCUGGUGAUGAUGACUAUUGGGGUUCUCUGUGGAAUGCUGGCGCAAAAGUUAACGCACAACUUUUGCUUAUGUUACCGUUAUUUGUUUUAUUGACUUUUUUCAAAUAUUAAAUGAAAUUAUUUAUUUCAAAAACAAU